UCGGCGGGGAUUACCGCGGUGUGCCUGGCGGGCAUCUGAUACUCCGAUUAUGACCAAAUAAAUGACCACAAGGACAGUCUUUUUUUGAUCGUCCAGACUGAGACAACACACGCCCCGUUGACAACUCCCUCCCUUUUCCACCUCCUUCCAACUUCAGCGAUUCCUUUUAAGGACGCCGUCCGCACUGACACUAACAUCCUCCAAGUCGCGUUCAACGUUCAAAUUAUCUUUUAUUUCAACGCGUCCUCUUCAUCGUCGUCGUAGGGUGAACAACCCAUAUGGCCUAUCGCCGUCAACCUACUUCCACUACCACUAACUCACCAUCUUAUCCGUAUUCCAACGCCGCGGCUCAUCACAGCCAACAACCUUCCCUUUCCGGUCAGAGCAUUCAAGACGACCCCGCCGCCUCCUCACCAACAAUGCGUAAGCGCCAACGCACGGACCUCAAUCUCGCAAAUCCCGUCAUUGCGGAUCCUCAACAGCAACCACCGCCACCUGCUAAUCAACAACCUCACCAACAACAUCUUCCACAACCAGUACAACAACCAGGCGUACCAGAAGACGGUUUCAUUCAUGAUCAAGAUGCUGCCGAGAGUGGUGGAGACGACGAUGAUGAGGAGGAGAAACCCAAGUCGGACAAGAAGGCAGGAAGGCGAAAGAUUAAGAUCGAAUUUAUUCAAGAUAAAUCGAGACGUCACAUAACAUUCUCCAAAAGGAAAGCUGGCAUCAUGAAAAAGGCAUACGAGCUCUCUACACUCACAGGCACUCAAGUCCUUUUACUCGUUGUAUCAGAAACAGGUCUCGUUUACACCUUUACAACCUCAAAGCUUCAACCUCUCGUCACUCAACCAGAGGGCAAGAAUCUCAUUCAAGCAUGUCUCAAUGCCCCACAUGGUUCGCUGCCUUCUUCAAUGCCAGUCGGUACGCCUAUAGGUCGUGCGUCUGGCCCCAUGUCUUUGCCCGGCCCUGGAAGCACUAACCUUCCUGGAGGCCUUGCAAUUCCAGGUGGUCCUGUUGGUGGCCCUCAAAGCGCCACGAAGGAGGACGGUGACGAUGAAGCUGACGAAGAGGCUGCUCGCGGUAAUCGCGCAGCCGCAGCAGGAGACAAACGUCGUCGGCGUCCGUCUACAACUGGCACUGGGCCUGGUCGUACCGGUCCUGGAUCGCCGCAAACUCCAAAUAGCACUAUCCCUCCGCCCCUUUCUAUCCCAGCUGCCUCUCAACAUCAACAGCCGCAGGCACCGCCUCCGCCACAAAUAUCACUUGGCUCUCCGACGAGUCCACAACAACAACAUUCUCAAGUGCCUCAAUCUCCUCAGUACGGAACAUCCCCGACUGGAGGGUACGGUACUCAUGCCCAACAUCAUGGACAUCAUGCACCUGGUGGUGGACAUGGUGGAAGCCCAACAGACCCUGGAAUGUACGGGGGCCACAUGGGCUUGCCACCUCCAGGUACUUAUUCAUACCCUGGACCUGGUGGCCCUGGAGGCCAGGGCGGUCAACCUUUAGGUGGACUGGCCGCUGCUGCCGCGCAGCACUCGCAUUGGGCCCCGCCCCCGCCAGUUAGUCAGGGUGGUCAUUAUGGCCGAAGAUGAUGAUACGAAUAAUGACGUGUGCUUACUUUCAUGCAUGAUAAGCUUUCUUGUCCGUCCAAACUGGGUUGUUUUAUGCUUUACUCACUUCUCUGCAUGCUUCUACUUCUUCGUCUUCAGCUUCUUCGCUGUUAGUUACUCACAGCUAUUUUGGCUGAAUUUGUACAAAUAAUUGAUGAAUCCGCCUGGUCAUUUCCCAUUGUUUCCCCCCUGACUUGGUCUUAUCCAUAUUUCUUUCUCCAAACCUCAUUCAGUAUUUUGGAUGUUAUCAUGUGGUUGGCGUCAAAAGUGCUCGUACUCGUUUCUGUCCGUCCAUACACGACUCGCAUCUGUGCUAUUAGCAGUUUAACAAAGGCAGUGAUUGACGAAAAAAA